UAUAAGUAUACUUACAUGGAAGAGAUGUUGGGGAACGUCGCUGGAUCACGUCAGGUGUUUGAGCGUUGGAUGGAGUGGCAGCCGGAGGAGCAAGCCUGGCAUUCCUACAUUAACUUCGAGCUGAGAUACAAGGAAGUGGACAGGGCACGUACCAUUUAUGAGAGAUUCGUGAUUGUUCAUCCUGAUGUGAAGAACUGGAUCAAGUACGCCCGCUUUGAGGAGAAGCACAGCUACUUUGCUCAUGCAAGGAAGGUGUACGAGCGGGCAGUGGAGUUCUUUGGAGAAGAGCACAUGAACGAGCACUUGUACGUGGCUUUUGCCAAAUUUGAGGAGAACCAGAAAGAAUUCGAAAGAGUAAGGGUGAUCUACAAGUACGCCUUGGAUAGAAUUCCGAAACAGGACGCCCAAAAUCUCUUCAAGAAUUACACCAUCUUCGAGAAGAAGUUUGGAGACAGAAGGGGAAUUGAAGACAUCAUUGUCAGCAAGAGGAGGUUCCAGUAUGAAGAGGAGGUGAAGGCAAACCCACACAAUUACGAUGCGUGGUUUGACUACCUGAGGCUGGUUGAGAGCGACGCAGAUGCCGAGACGGUCAGAGAAGUGUAUGAGCGAGCCAUCGCCAACGUUCCCCCCAUUCAAGAGAAGAGACACUGGAAAAGAUACAUCUAUCUUUGGAUUAACUACGCAUUGUAUGAAGAGCUGGAGGCAAAGGAUGCGGAGCGAACCAGACAAGUGUACCAGGCAUGUAUCGAGCUCCUGCCCCACAAGAAGUUUACGUUUGCCAAAAUAUGGCUGCUGUAUGCGCAGUUUGAAAUACGCCAGAAAAAUCUUCCCCUUGCCAGAAGAGCUUUGGGGACCUCCAUAGGUAAAUGUCCGAAAAACAAACUGUUCAAAGGUUAUAUCGAAUUGGAGCUACAACUGCGAGAAUUUGAUCGCUGCCGAAAGCUGUAUGAAAAAUUCCUGGAGUUUGCACCGGAGAACUGCACGUCAUGGAUUAAAUUUGCUGAACUAGAGACCAUUCUUGGCGACAUCGAUAGAGCCCGUGCAAUAUAUGAGUUGGCUAUCGGCCAGCCCCGGCUCGACAUGCCAGAGGUUCUUUGGAAAUCCUACAUUGACUUUGAAAUUGAGCAAGAAGAGUAUGAGAAAACAAGGAAUCUUUACCGCAGGCUGCUUCAGCGGACACAGCAUGUUAAGGUGUGGAUCAGCUUUGCACAGUUCGAGCUCUCUGCAAGAAGGGAGGAGAGUUUGUCAAGAUGCCGGCAGAUUUACGAGGAGGCUAAUAAGGCAAUGCGGAACUGUGAGGAGAAGGAGGAGAGAGUCAUGCUUCUGGAAUCCUGGAGAAACUUUGAAGAGGAGUUUGGAACCGACACCACUAAAGAGAGGAUAGAUAAACUUAUGCCUGAAAAAAUAAAGAAAAGGAGAAAACUGCAGGCUGAAGAUGGGUCUGAUGCUGGCUGGGAGGAAUACUAUGAUUAUAUUUUCCCAGAAGAUACUGCCAAUCAGCCUAAUCUCAAACUACUUGCUAUGGCCAAACUCUGGAAGAAACAGCAACAGGAGAGCGAAGCUGCCGAGGUGGAUCCAGACAAAGACAUUGAUGAAAGCCAGUCCUAGUUCAUUGCCUUUCCCUCUCCCUUUUCUUGGGCAUUGUACAGUAUUUUCAUUGGUGACAAAUAAAUGUAUUUGAAGAGUUUUA